AUGGCGCGCCGCUAUGAAAUCGAGGAGCUGUUGUGGCUUCGCGAUUCUCCGCUAGUCACAAAGCCUGAUAAGUUACCCCCAGUUGAAGAAUGGAUGGGACCAAUCCCAGACCCGACAGCACGCAAGCCAAACCAUCGAGACCAGAAUCAAGCCGAUAGCCCAUCUGCCCAACGAAGACCGAGUCUAUUUGGUGAGAGCCGGCAUAUUUCUAGGAACUCGAAUUCAGAAGAUAUUGUGCUAGGACCCCCCAAGACAGCAUUUGCUUCUGCUUCGCGGAUCCAUGGCAAAGGUACAUAUGACAACUCUGAACGGCCUGCAAGAUACAACGAUACAGAAGAAGGCAAAGGCGACCGCUUCAACUUCCGAGACAAAACUGUCAAGGACAGAGAAGGAGCGGAUCGAGACGGUAGAUUUGGAGGUCCUAACGGCCGCCGAAAUGAUCGUGAGGACUGGAACUCCGGUCGACCUCGUCGUAUAUUUGGUCAAGAUGAAGGCGAUCAACGGCCGAGGCGUAAUGGCGAUUCGAAAUGGGAAGCAAGGGAGAAACAAGACGAGGUUGGCCUUGGCAGAAAUUUGAAAGACAAGGAUGGUCGUUAUGAAAAGGAAGGCCGUUUUGAUAAGGAUGGACGAUUCAUCAAAGGAGACACGCCCCUCCGAUCAAGGCAGGAGAAGAGCUGGUUCCGAGAUGAGACAACAGGUGGUGAUGGUGUCGCGCUUGAAGAAGAAAAACCUUUUAUGCGAGAACGGGAAUGGAGACGUGACAGACCUGUGCCUGAUCGUGAUUGGAAUCGGGGUACUAGAGUUGAACAAGAUCCUGAGUGGAUGGAUUCCACAGACCGGGAUGAGUCCAAGCGGAUUCACACUCAAGAAGACUUUCAGCGGUGGAAACAGAGAAUGAAGGCAGGCUCAUCAACACCAGCACAGCCCGAAGAGAAAAGAGAUGCCACUCCCGAGCAGGCCAGCCCGGAUGUCCACAAAGUGGAGGCGAAUCAUUUGGAUGGAGAAUUAUUUGCAGCCAGUAAAGGUCUACCAGUUGAUGCUGGUUUUGGAAAGUUCUUUGGAAUACUUGGCGAGAGCAAACAACCCGCACCCGAAGCCGCUACCGCUGUUAGUCCUCUAGAAUCUGCUAAGAAAGAAAUGGCUGCAGCCAAGUCAUCAAAGUCGUCUCGAUUUGCGGGAUUGUUCAGCCCGCCGCCAGACCCAUCCGUCAAAGGACCGGAAGCAGUGCAGGCUAUUGCUCAUCCUGAGCGUCCGGCGUCUACUGAUGCUGAUCAGGAAGGAUUUCAACGUAUUCUUGCGAUGCUCGGAGGUAGCAAAUCGCGCAACACAACUCCUCAAGUGGACAGCUCUCAGCAGCCUCGUCCACCAUCGUAUGUAAUGCGCGAGCAGGGGCGGCCAACACCCCCUCCCGGCUUAGCAUCUCCUACGAAGAACUCUAUGAAUCGACCAGAUGAGCUGCUGGGUGAAGAGACUGCCGCUCCUCGAGCCAUGCAUCCUCCUGGAAUGGAAGGCAUGCUGCCUCGGGACCCACAGGCUCAUUUCAACGAUCGCGAGAAUCUUCUUCGUCUCAUGCAGCAAGUCAACGUGUCUUCGCCAACAUUGACACAACAUGGGAACGCACCGCCACCUCCACCACCAUCGCAGAUGGGUCAAGGUGGUCAUCACACCCCAGGAAUACUGAAUGUCCCGGAUCUUUUAUCGCGACCGCAAGGUAUGCAGAAAGGUCCCAGAAACCAGACAUUCUUGGACGAUCCUGCGAUUGCCAACAUGCAACGACCAGAUCCUGGGAUGAAAGGACAGCAAGUGAGAAAACCUCCUGUAGACGGUCCCCCACAAAUGCGGUACUUCGAUAUGCCAUUCCCUGGUGCUCAGGGUCCGCAGGGACCUACUACUCCUGGCACCGGACGCGAUCCUCAAUUGCCUCCUUCUCACAUGGGCAUUCGGGGACCUCCAGGAUUUGGACAAAUGCCUCCCGGGCCUCCUCCUGGAUGGGCAGGCCAGAUGCCACCUCAACAAGGAGGAUUAGGACCACCACCGGGUAUCCCUAACCCGGGUAAGGGCAUGAAUCCAAAUUUCAUGGCCGGUCCCAUGUCAAUGCAUGGCGGCAACAUGCCACCACCGCCGCCAAACGACAACAGCCCACCUUUUAUGCGCGGUAAUGCCGGAGCCAAUUUCGGGCUUCCGCCAGGCAUGAUGCCUCCACCGGGAUACAUGAAUAUGAACGGCCCUCCUCCACCUCCAUCUGGCGGAUUCAUGCCUGGUCCACACGGUCACGAAGCAAUGCUCAACAUGGGUGGACAGAAUGGCGGAGGCUUCGGCGGAUCAUCAGGCGGCCCACCACCAUCCUCAAGACACCUUUUGGAGAUGCUUGCACAUGCCAACGGCGGCGCUGGUGGUGAUGGUCGCGGCGCAAUGCUCGGAGGAGGACCAGGACAAUAUCGCUAA